CUGGGAGUUGUAGUCCGGACAGAUGCGCUCCUCUGGCGGGGGCUCCGUGCCUCGCCUUGCGUUGGGACCGGGCUGGAGCGGCCGGGGGGCACGCGCAGGUUCGUCUCCAGUCCUGUAAAAGGACCAGUUGGAUUCCUCGCUAAUAUUCAACACACAGAUUUCAGGACUAUCAUUUUAAUUGUGGAAGAUGUCAUCUGGCCUUACGGAAGAACAGAAAAGAAAAAUUGAGGAGAACAGACAGAAGGCCUUGGCUAGGAGAGCAGAGAGACUAGCAGCCCAGCAAGGAGGCCCUGGUGGGCUCACUAGCCAACCAUCCAACCAGCAGAAUCCAAGCUAUCGAAGAAACGUGGAGCAUCAAUGUGUGAAACAAGAAGACAAUCAUGUUAAGUUCAUUAGCCAACACCACCAGACUCCCAAUAGCCAUGUGGCGCAGAAGAGCUAUGUUCAUAAAGGAUAUAAUCACUUUAGUGCACCCCAGCAGAUGGCUGGUUCAUGUGCUGUGCAACAGGAGAAUUGUUCAGAGGGCUCAGACCAACAUUCGUGGAGUCAAAUGUGCAGCACUAAGCAGUCCCUCCCGAUACUCCAGAAUUCUCUGAGUUAUUCCCAUCAACAUAAUCCAGGUUCUGAGCAACCCAAGUACCACCCAGCGUUCAAAAAACCUACAGAACCUUCUCAUCCUAGAUUAACUGUGAAUGAGCACCCUGAUGAUGUUAAAAGUUUACAAAGUCUGAACAGAUCUGCCAGUGGACAUGUUGACAUGAAAUACAUGCCAUCACCGAGCAGUGCCACCUUGAGUGAUUCUGAAAUGUCAACAAAUGCAGGGAAACCAACUUGUGGGCCUUUCCCCCAAAAGGAUAGCAUCUCACAGUUCUGUGGCACUAUGCAGCCACCCACUCCAUUGAAGGAGGGUAAGAUGCAAAAGGUGGCCAGGGUUGGUGGUGUGGGCUCUACCUUGGAAGUAUCCUGUCAUAGAAAAGUACCCAGUAUUAUCAAAGGAAGGUGCAUGAAGCACAGAGAAGACCGAUUCCGGGUUGAAGUAGGCUACAAUGCAGAACUUGUCUCUGUGUUUAAGAGUAUUCCUAGCAAAGCGUAUGAUCCUGCUACGAAGAUUUGGAAUUUUAGUUUAGAAGACUACAGAAGUCUCAUGGAAGCAGUGAAGCCUCUUUCCUCAGUGACUUUGGUACCAUUUGAAGAGAUGGAUGCAACUGGCCCAGCUACGUGUUCUCAGACUGUCAGCAGCGGGCCCAGCUUGAAAUCCUUCUUAAAGACAUUCAGCAGCUGGAAGAAAGCCUCUGCCACCGUCAGAGGGAAGUGUGUUCUGAUCUCGCGCUCCCGGUUUGAGGUUGAGAUUGGGUAUGCUGCAGUAAUUAUUGAAGUGUUUAAACAGAUAAAUUCCAGGAAUUACGACAUGAAGACCAGAAAAUGGAGUUUCCUGCUGGAAGACUAUCCAAGGCUAAGUGAGAAGCUGCAUUUUCCUAUGGAAGCAGUACAGCGCCUUCCGUCGGUAGAGGUGGAACCGCUGCCCAAGCCAGUAAUACAAGCCUUUGCUCUUCAGCUUGACAAGCCUGCCUUGUGUGUCUCAGACAUUCCUGAAGCCGACCUUUCGGCGGUGGAUUCCAAAAUUGUGAUGAGCCUCAUGCCGUUUCAGAGAGAAGGCGUGAAUUUUGCCAUCUCCAGAGAAGGCCGUUUGCUUCUUGCGGAUGACAUGGGCUUGGGGAAGACUAUCCAGGCGAUCUGUAUUGCUGCAUAUUACCGAAAGGAGUGGCCGUUGCUGGUGGUAACACCUUCCUCAGUGAGAUUUACCUGGGCAGAGGCAUUUCAUAGGUGGCUUCCAUCCCUGAGCCCAGAGAGUACCAAUGUCAUACUGACAGGCAAAGACAACCUGUCAGCAAAACUGAUAAACAUAAUCAGUUUCGACCUCCUCAGCAAGAUGGAUAAGCAGCUCAAAGACACUUUCCAAGUUGUCAUUAUUGAUGAAUCUCAUUUCCUAAAAAACACAAAAACUGCGCGAUGCCAAGCUGCAAUGCCUCUUCUUAAGGCUGCCAAAAGAGCGAUCUUGCUAUCGGGAACCCCUGCCAUGUCACGCCCCGCAGAGCUUUAUACGCAGAUUGUGGCUGUCAGGCCAACCUUCUUCCCUCCGUUCCAUUCCUUCGGACUCCGCUACUGUGAUGCCAAGAAGAUGCCAUGGGGCUGGGACUACUCCGGAUCUUCCAACCUAGGAGAACUGAAGCUUUUGCUUGAAGAAUCUGUCAUGAUCCGCCGCCUGAAAUCAGAGGUGCUCUCCCAGCUUCCAGCAAAGCAGCGCAAAAUGGUAGUGGUGGCUCCUGAAGGCAUGAAUGCAAAGACCAAGGCUGAGCUGGCUGCCACUGCAAAGGAGAUGGCCAAAGGAUACAGAAGUAAACAAAAGGAGAAGGAAGCUCUACUCCUCUUCUAUAACAGAACCGCGGAAGCCAAAAUCCGUUCAGUCGUAGAAUACAUCCUGGAUUUACUGGAAAGUGGGAGAGACAAAUUCCUGGUGUUCGCUCAUCACAAGAUAGUACUGAAUGCAAUCAGUAAUACGCUGGAGAAGAAACAUGUUGGAUAUAUUCGUAUUGAUGGCGCCACAUCUUCAGCUGAGCGUCAGUCUCUGUGCCAGAAGUUCCAGUUCUCCGAGAAGCACUCUGUGGCUGUCUUAUCCCUUACUGCUGCCAACACGGGGCUGACCCUCUCUUCUGCUGACUUGGUGGUGUUUGCAGAGUUGUUCUGGAACCCCGGUGUUUUGAUCCAAGCAGAAGAUCGGGCUCAUCGAAUUGGACAAACCAGUUCUGUUAACAUUCAUUACCUGGUGGCUAAAGGCACAGCAGAUGACUACUUAUGGCCUAUGAUUCAAGAGAAGAUAAAAGUGCUGGGCGAAGCCGGUCUUUCUGAAGCCAGUUUCUCUGAAACAGCUGAAGCCACUGAUUACUUCUACAAGCGAGACCCGAAGCAGCAGACCAUUUACAGCCUUUUCCAGAGGACCUUCUCUGAGCAGGGAGACGACCUCGAUGAAGCUUUGCUCGUGGAGGCGGCUGACGCUUGCCAGGAGUCUGACUCCGGGAGUGCCUCUCAGGAUGCAGGAGUGGACACCUGCUCAGCGAGUCCACGUAAGAAACAGCGUCUUGAAGAUUAUUUUCACAGACAGUAACUAGAAAGGAAGAGACACUUAACAGAUUUUUAUUUAAAAAACAAAAACCACAGAAUCAUUGUAUUGUUUGAGUUUUCAAAAAUAAAACAGAAGAAUGGGUUUUGGAGAA